CCUGCGGGCGUGGCCAGGUGAGCGCGCCCGGAAGCCUGGUCUCGGGUCGCACCGGCUGUAGGAAGGUCGGACGUGACGUGUGGCCGGAAACGCGAAGCCCAGGUUGAUCCUCUGAUGAGCAUCCAAAGUGCAAGGAAAUGAGCAAAACGGCCUGUACUUCCUGUAGAGUGGGACCUCAGAGUAGAGUCCGCAGAGACGUCCGUCUUGUCUUUUUAAAGAAGUUGAGGCCCACCGAAAAGUAGCUUACCUAGGGAGCCUAGAUGCACGACCACUUGGAAGCAGCGCGGACAUACUUUGUUACCUGUAAGCCAUGGCUUUCAGCUGGCGUUUUACAGUGUGUACACUGAUUAAACGUUGCCACAAACUUUCACAUCAGCUACACUAACCACACUCGUGCGUUUGCCGGACAUGUGCCAAUGACACAUAACAAACGUGACUGGGAGGCAGCCCUGCCCUCUGAGUGCUUUCAGACAGUGGAGAAAGGCCAGGUGACAUUCCCAUCACUUCCUACUCCAACCCUGAAAAUUUGAAAAUGAGCUUCUGAUCUGAACUACAAACCAGACUUAAUUGGACCAACUGCAGCUAGAACAACCUCCUGUCUGGGAUCGCAAUGACCACAGAAAGCAGGGGCACUGUAGGCCUCAUUGCCUCGAAUGCUGUCUUCCACAAGCGGGAGGGGCAGCAGUCUGUGAAGCAGCAGCUGUGGAGCCAGACCUGGGGAGAGAGCUGCAGUCUCCAGAAGAGCCACCCUUCUGUCUGUGAAAUCUUCCGCUUGCACUUCAGACAGCUGUGUUACCACGAGAUGUCUGGGCCUCAGGAAGCUCUGAGCCAGCUCCGGGAGCUCUGCCGCUGGUGGCUGAUGCCUGAGGUCCACACCAAGGAUCAGAUUCUGGAGCUGCUGGUGCUGGAGCAGUUCUUGAGCAUCCUUCCCGGGGAGCUCCGGACCUGGGUGCAGCUCCACCAGCCUGAGAGUGGUGAGGAGGCCGUGGCUGUGGUGGAAGAUUUCCAGAGACACCUUAGUGGACUAGGAGAGGUUUCAGCCUCAGCACAGGAAAAGGAAGUACAUUCGGAGGAGACAGCAGCCUUGGAUGCAGCAGAGGGGUCUCCUACCUCACCCCUUCCUGGAGGCUCAGUCCUUGGAGCCCACCCGGAGCCUCCUCAUGGUGAAGGCGCACAGCCGCUCCCCAGCAGACACUCAGGUGAGAACAGGAUGGAGAAUUCAGAGUUCAUUGCAAAGACUAUUUCUAAACAAUCAGAGUUAUCUGAGAGGUCAUCAGGGGGACUCUUUGGGGGUGCUCCUGGACCAGAGACUGGAGAUAUCUCUGGAGAUAUUUCAGAGCAGCUGCAAGGGCAGCACUCAGAAGAAGGGAGUGGAUUGGCAAAUGAUUCCUUGGAAGUUAUAGAUGAAGAGGAAAUUUCCACAAAAGAUAGAUGUGAAGACUACAUGGAAGUGGGCGUACACCCAAAUCUGUCUACUAGUCCUGCACAAUAUCAGAGCAAUGCAAAGGGACAGAAAUUCUGUCAACAUGCUGAAUGUGGAAAAGUGUUCAGUCGGAAUUCACACCUCCUCAGCCACCAGAGAAUCCACACUGGAGAGAAGCCAUAUGAGUGCAAUGAAUGUGGCAAGCCCUUUAGGCAGACUGCACAGCUCGUUGCUCAUCUCAGAAGCCACAGAGGGGGAAAGCCCUAUGAACGCAGUGAGUGUGGGAAGACCUACUGGCACAGCUCCCAGCUCACCCAGCACCAGCGGCUCCAUAGUGGCGAGAGAGCCUAUAGAUGUAAUGAAUGUGCAAAAGCUUUCACACAGAGCUCCCAGCUCAUUGAUCACCAGAGAAUCCAUAGUGGGGAGAAGCCCUAUGAAUGCAGUGACUGUGGAGAGAUGUUCAUUCGGAGUAAAAGUCUUGUGCAACAUCGGGUCCUUCACACUGGGAAGAAACCUUAUAUGUGUAGUGAGUGUGGGAAAGCCUUCUGUUCUAAUAGAAACCUUACUGACCAUCAGAGAAUCCACACUGGGGAGAAGCCUUAUAAAUGUAGAGAAUGUGAUAAGGCCUUCAGUCGGAGCAAGUGUCUCAUUCGACACCAGAGCCUCCACACUGGGGAGAAACCAUACAAAUGUAGUGAAUGCGGAAAAGCAUUCAGUCAGAGCUCCCAACUCAUUGACCAUGAGCGAAUUCAUACAGGAGAAAAACCUUUUGAAUGUAGUGAGUGUGGCAAGACAUUUAGUCUAAGUAAAUGCCUUGUUCGGCACCAGAGACUUCACACUGGUGAAAAGCCCUAUAAAUGCAAUGACUGUGGAAAAUCCUUUAAUCAAAACUCUCAUCUCAUUAUACACCAGCGAAUUCACACGGGCGAGAAACCCUAUGAAUGUAGUGAGUGUGGGAAGGUCUUCAGUUACAGCUCUAGCCUUAUGGUACAUCAGAGAACACACACUGGGGAAAAACCGUAUAAAUGCAAGGACUGUGGGAAAGCCUUCAGCGACAGUUCACAGCUUAUUGUGCACCAGCGAGUUCAUACCGGAGAGAAACCAUAUGCAUGUUCUGAGUGUGGGAAAGCCUUUAGUCAGCGUUCCACUUUUAACCACCACCAAAGAACUCACAUGGGAGAGAAGCCUUCAGGUCUGCCUCAGUCAGUGUCUUAAUGUGUGGUUUCAGAGACAGAACAGUGACCUUUGGGUGAGCUUUAUUUACAAAGAUUCUCCUUCUGCUCUUGGAGGCUGUUAAUCACUGUGCACCACUGCUACCUGCUUCCCACCAGGUCACUCAGGUGUGAGGGGGAGUAGCUUGUGUCAUCCUCCUCCGCUAUUAGGAAAGUAAGGACUGUGCAUUUCGUGUACUUGGAGGUUUCUCUUUUCCUGUACUUAAUUGUCUUGAUGUCUAUUUUAUUUCUUAGUUAAGCAUUCCACAGUCAGGAUGUGCUUCUCAGUAACAGAGGUAAUGGAUGUAUUCUGUUCUAGCUUGUCCAUGUCACCAGUUACACGAAGAUGUUUGACAAGGUCCUAUUUCUGGACUGUUGCUCUCCUCACCUAUGUUUAGACUCAGUCCUCUCGAUAACUUCUUACUUCUUUUGUUUCCCUAUCUAGAAAAUGUUUUUCUUUCCAUUUGGUAAUCUGAGUUCCCUUGUAACCUUUACCAUCCACCUGAUUUCUUUAGGACUUUUUCAAUGCUUCUCUGUUCCUUUAAAUUGUUUAUUGAUGUGACCUCAAUUCUUUGAAUUAGGUGGUGCUAAAAGGUACAGCUUUUUUUUUUUUAUUUGCUUCCAAAUUCUCAAUGUUUAUGGUAUAUGUUCAUACAAAUUUAUCGUAGGCUCUUUGUGUCAGCCUAUAGA